UGCCUUCACAAAUAUUCUAGCCUUAACUCCCAACGGCUAACCCUAGUACUUGUCUUCGUGCAAACGAUCAAGCUACACCAGAAUCUGGAAUUUAACAACCAUGUCUCAAAGAAUCGGAACAAAGCUAUUUGUCAGCAGACUAUCAUUCUACACUACAAACGACCAGUUCGUGAAAUUGUUCUCACCAUUCGGAGCACUUAAAGAAGCUUCACUUGUGGUAGACCCAAAAACCAAAAGAACUAAAGGUUUUGGUUUUGUCUCCUAUGAGUCUGAAAUUGAAGCAGAAAAGGCUAUGAAAGCUUUAAAUGGAAGGAUAGUUGAUGGAAGGCUAAUUUUUGUUGAACCUGCAAAAUUGAAGGAUUCUUGAUACGUGAUUUCUUUCCACUCUCAAAUCUUGUGUAUUUCUGAUCAUUUUUAGAUAUCAAAUCAUGCUUGAUCAAAGUGUAUAGCUUUAUGUUCUUGCUUAAAGCAACUCCGGAAUUUACCGACUGUUUCUGUAUGAGAAAAUUUCAUAAUAUGAUAUUGACAAACAGAUUGAAGCAUUUUGGGCUGCAUAAUUUAGGGAUCAAAGUUGUUAAAAUCAUUGUUCAUAUUUCAACUGCAAAUGAAGCAACUCUUUCUUAAGGUAAACAAUUACAUUCAAGAAAGAUUGUGAGCUUAUUUGGGUUAUAAUCUAUCCAAAUUUCAUAGUUUACAUUCAUAGACUGCCUUGAAAGGUUAUGAGCUACAUGAAUUCGAACAUAUCCAUAAACAAAUUCAUGUGUGGACACAAACUUUCUUUAUGCCCAUCCCCUAUAGAUCUAUGUAACUACAUCUAGCAAUACAUGUACGCAUAUCUCUAUAUCUCUGUUGACAUAUUCACAUUAUUUAUUGUUAUAACUUAUGU